AUGAAAAACUUAGACCUAGACCGCAGCCUUUUGCAGGGGCAGCGCCGCGACAGCCGCAUCGUGCCGAACCCCGAGAUCCACCGCUUGCUGGCGAGGAUAAAGAAGCAGGAUUCCACGCCACAGGUCCAGACGUUGGAUCCGCCGUCUGCAGGCUUGUGGCUGCGACUCCGCCUCCGCUGUCAAGUCCUCGUCCGGACGGUUUGGUUCGAGUGCUUCAUCUCCGCAGUGAUCGUGGCAAACUCUGUGAUGAUAGGCCUGGAGACGCAGAUGGGCUUGCACGGCCAGGCUCUGACUUGGGCUGGUGCUGCUGAGCUGGGCUUCCUGGCCAUUUACACAGUGGAGCUCCUCAUCCGCUCGAUCGCAGAACAGUGGGCCUGCCUUACAGACUGGUGGUUCAUCUUUGACUUCACCUUGGUUGUCAGCGCCUGCGUUGAGCAAGUGGUUUACCGGUUCACUGGUGACGAAGCCGACCAGAUCAUGAUCCUGCGGCUCCUGCGCCUCAUACGUCUUGUCCGGACCUUUCGAAUGUUGAGGCAGAUUCGAUCUAUCUGGCGGCUGGUUUACGGCUUGAUCACAUGCGGUGAAACCAUGUUCUCAACCUUUGCGCUGCUGGGGCUGGUGAUCUACGUCUUUGGUGUGCUAGGUGUGGAGGUCAUCGCGGGCAACGAGGAGCUCCAGUCGAAUGCAACGACCGCCCCCAUCCUCGCAAAGUAUUUCGGCUCCCUUGGUAUGACCAUGAUGACACUGUCGCAGUUUGUGACCAUGGAUUCCAUUGCUCCAGUUUAUGUGCCGCUGGUUUUGGAACAGCCACUUUUGCUGCUGUACUUCCUGCCGCUCGGGGCCAUCGUGUCCAUCUCCCUCAUGAACCUGAUCACGGCUGUUCUCGUUGAGGGAGCGCUCGAGCAUGCUCGGCAAGACCGCGAAGAGGAGCGGAAGCUGGACAACAUCACCGCCAAACAAAUGCUGCCAGAAAUCGUGGGCCUCUUCGACAAGAUGGACUUGGAUGGGAGCGGUGAGAUUGGCAUCGAGGAGAUGAUCCAGUUUGAGAAGCCUGGGAGUAGAGUCAUGAACCGCCGGAUCUUGGACCGCGCCUCCGUGGACAGCAUGGAGGAUCUCUUCAAGAUCCUGGAUGUGGACGGAUCUGGGCGAAUCACGCGCGCUGAGUUCGAGGAAGGCCUCCUCAGCAUCUUCCUCCGCGAGGUUCCGAUCUCAUCACUUCAGAUCAUGCGGAUGCUACGGCUACUCCGCGACGCUGUCAGCGAGCUGCAGCAAGACGUCAAAGGCUUCCCGCCCCAGUUGAAGGGGCUGGCUGCUGUCCCUUCUACGAACAGACACACCUGGGCGGAGAUGCGCCCGGCAAAGAGGCUUUCUUGA